AUGGAGGUCUCGAUGGCAAGGAAGGUAGCCGUGUUUGACCAAUCAAUAGGCCAGAAGAACGUUAUUUGCACCUAUUGGCUUGCCGGAAGGUGCAAUAAGAACCCGUGUCGGUUUCUGCACUGUGAGCAGAAGAGUGGCCAACCUAAAUCGAAGCAAUCUGGAAAAGUGCCUCCAAGAAAGAUGACAUGGAAGAAUCCGAAACUCCACAGCCACAAAACUGUUGAAAGUAAUGAAACAUACACUAACGGCACAAUAAGUAAAAAGAGAAGCUCACGGGAGGUAAUGGAUGAUGCUAUCAAGAAAGGUUCCGUACAUCAUGAGCCGGCCAUUGCUAAAUCUGAAAAGUCUGGUUUCGAGAAAAAUCAGCUAGCACAAUGCGAGUACUGGGUUAUGGGAAAUUGUGUGCGUGGAGAUAGAUGCAAGUAUGUACACUCUUGGUUUAGUGGUUCUGGAUUUACGAUGUUGGCAAAGUUGGAAGAUCAUACCAAGGGCAUUAGCGGAAUUUCCCUCCCGUUCGGCUGUGACAAGUUAUAUUCAUGUGCCAAGGACCGAUCGAUUCGAGCUUGGAACUGCCACAGCGGACAGUGUGCGGGUACCUUAACAACUGAUGAGGAGACCGGGUGCUUAUUAUCUGAAGGCCAAUGGGUAUUAGUCGGACUGCAAAAUAGAGUGCAGGCAUGGAACAUCCAAAAGCAAUUUGAGUUUUCUCUUGAUGCUCCAUCUGGGCUAGUUCAUAGCUUGGCCAGUGACGAUGCAAACAAGCUGUUUGCCGGAUUAGAGGAUGGUACAAUAUUGAUCUGGAUAUGGCAUCCAGAGACGACGGAUAUACCCGAACCUGUUGCAAUGCUGAAGGAACACACAAGUGCUGUCUGUUCACUUGCAGUUGGAUCAGGAAAUAGACUUUACUCAGGGUCGAAGGAUUGUACCAUAAAGGUGUGGGACCGCGAGUCUUUUCAAUGCCUGCACACGUUACGUGGGCAUGCAAGAGACGUUAUGUCCGUACUUUGCUGGGACUCCUACUUGAUAUCUGCUUCUCUGGAUAAUACAAUAAAGGUCUGGGCGUUGAACGAAAACGAGACCAUUGAGGUUGUCUAUGAGAGGAAAGAAGAUUCUGCGGUGAUUGCCCUUUGUGGGAUAGCUGAUGGAGAAAAUAAGCCUAUUCUAUUGUGUUCGUGUGACGAUAAGACAGUCCGUCUAUAUGAUCUGCCAUCAUUUACGGAAAGGAGUAGAAUUUUCUCAAGGGGGAGAGUCGAGGUGAUUCAGACGGGAAUCGAGGGUUUGUUUUUCACCGGUGAUGCUACCGGCCAGAUUGGGGUAUGGCAGUUGAUUGGGCUUCCAAAUCCAGCGGCUGCAUGA